AAAUCCUUUGCCUCUGCACGGUCCAGUCCAGCACAUUGACAGAUUUCACGAAUGCGCAGAGAAAUCGAAAGGCUUCCACCUGUCGCAGCCCAUCAGUGGUGCUGGUUCGGUUGGGGAGGGAUGAGAGAGGGAGAGUGAUAGACCGUGCGAAAGAGGAGAGCAGCGCGCGUUCGGGCGGGACAGCAGGGCGCGCAGGACAUCAGCACACCGGCCGGGUCAAGGAGCUGCAAGGAUGGAGAUCCGACCGGACAGGUUCAAGGCGGUGGCGGGGAAAACCUUGGGGAAAAUUCACAGGCUCAUUGAGAAACGACAGGCCAAUGGAGAAACCAUCGAGUUAUCAGCUGAAGGCCGCCCAGAGCUGGUGGAGGAGAAGGAGCUGCCCGUGGUGGACUGCACCUGCUUCGGCCUCCCCAGGCGGUACAUCAUUGCCAUCCUGUGCGGCCUGGGCUUCUGCAUCUCCUUUGGUAUUCGAUGCAACCUGGGUGUUGCCAUUGUUAGCAUGGUCAAUGACCAUACGGUCUACAAAGGCAACAAGGAGGUGCUUGUGGCUGCACAGUUCACCUGGGACCCAGAGACGGUGGGGAUGAUCCACGGCUCCUUCUUCUGGGGCUACAUAGUCACACAGAUCCCGGGUGGCUUUAUAUGUCAAAAGUUUGCAGCCAACAGAGUGUUUGGCUUUGCCAUCGUGGCCACGUCCGUCCUCAACAUGCUGAUCCCAUCUGCAGCUCGCUGCCACUACAGCUGCGUCAUUCUUGUGAGGAUAUGUCAAGGCCUUGUUGAGGGUGUAUCGUACCCAGCCUGCCACGGGAUCUGGGCCAAGUGGGCGCCUCCUCUUGAGAGAAGUCGAUUAGCCACAACAGCCUUUUGUGGAUCCUAUGCUGGGGCAGUGGUGGCCAUGCCUUUAGCGGGGAUACUAGUGCAAUACAUCGGGUGGCCUUCUGUAUUUUAUGUCUAUGGCAGUUUUGGGAUAUUCUGGUAUUUAUUCUGGGUUCUUGUGUCAUAUGAGAGCCCAGCAGUCCAUCCCACUAUCACUCCAGAGGAGAGAAAAUACAUUGAAGAGGCAAUCGGAGAAUCUGCAGCUUUUCUCAAUCCCCUUCAUAAAUUUAAAACGCCAUGGAGAAAUUUCUUCACCUCCAUGCCGGUCUAUGCCAUCAUUGUGGCCAAUUUCUGCAGGAGCUGGACUUUCUACCUGCUGCUCAUCAGCCAGCCUGCAUAUUUUGAAGAAGUUUUUGGCUUUGAGAUCAGCAAGGUGGGCAUCGUGUCAGCUUUGCCCCAUCUGGUGAUGACAAUCAUCGUGCCUAUCGGAGGCCAACUGGCCGACUACCUGAGAACUCACAACCUGAUGUCCACCACCAACGUCAGGAAGCUCAUGAACUGUGGAGGUUUCGGGAUGGAGGCCACCCUCCUUCUGGUGGUCGGAUUUUCUCACACUAAAGUUAUUGCCAUUACUUUCCUGGUCCUCGCUGUGGGGUUCAGCGGCUUUGCAAUCUCAGGGUUUAAUGUUAAUCACUUGGAUAUUGCCCCUCGAUAUGCCAGCAUACUGAUGGGAAUUUCCAACGGAGUGGGAACGUUAUCGGGAAUGGUGUGUCCUCUCAUAGUGGGGGCCAUGACCAAACACAAGACGCGUGAGGAAUGGCAGUACGUCUUCCUCAUAGCGUCCGUCGUCCACUACGGAGGAGUGAUUUUCUAUGGGAUCUUUGCAUCCGGGGAGAAGCAGUGGUGGGCCGACAUAGAGGACACGAGCGAGGAGAAAUGCGGUAUAAUCAAUGAGGACGAACUGGCCAAUGAGACGGAGGAGCUCUACCGUGGAGGCGGCCAGUACGGGGCCAUGGGUCAGCCGGUGGUUGGUUCAAAUGGAGGAGGAGGCGGCGGUGGAGGCGGUGGAGCGGGAUGGGUUACAGACUGGGAUAAGUCUGAGGAGUAUGUGCAACCACCGGGAUACAACUCAUACAUGCAUAGUGGAGGGAAGGAGAAGGAGCUGACAUAGAAGACUGAAGUGAUUCAACAAAAAAUAAGUAAAUGAAAAGAUUGUUUAUGUAGAAGGAUUGUAAAGGAGCUGUUGAGGUACAUUGAGGACAUUUAAGGACAUUUACAGCUGCACAUGUCAAGAGUCUGGAUCCGCUAUGUUGCAGGUGUGUGAGCGUGUGCGUUGGAGUGUGGGUGUGUGUGGGUGUGUGUGUGUAUGGGUGCGCGUGUUUGUGGGUGUGCAGCAGCCAAUGCAGUGAACCUGCAGAAACAUACAGUUUUCAUUUACAAAAUCUGGACUCUUCUCCCAGACUUUCUUCCUGAUCCUGACUUCAUGGUGAAGGACCAGCAGUUUUGUUUCCAAGCCCUUGCUGAGGAGUUUGUGUGUGAGAAAGAAAAAAAGUGGUGGUCUUUUGUUGUUUUUACAUUUUUACUUGUAAGCAUUUUUGAUUUUUUUUUUUUUUCAAUUUAUGGCAUAAAACAGUGUUUAAAUUACAAAAAUACAUUGUGAAAUGGUGCAGCUUCAUAGUUUCAGAAGAAAUUACAAACAUGUCGGUGAAAAGGAGGGUGUUUGUGUCGGCUUGCAUCAGCCUGUGCACAUAAAUAUAAUCUGAUUUUUGAGGGAAUAUGUGUGUGGGGGUGGGCGUAUGUGUUAAAGUGUACCUGGUUUUAGCAGUGUCUCACCCAGGACAGGGUCAACUAUAAGAUAAACAGUUCAGGUCAGAGGUUUACAUGCACCUAGUGAUGCAUUCAACCUAUUCCUUUAUCCAGCACCAGCUCUGUUUGGAGAGCAUACACACCAGGUUACCCAGACACAGUGUGUAUAACAACAUCCAAACACUUCAGCUCUGACUUCAUUUCACCAGCGUAUGUUCGCCAAGUAUUAAACUGGCUUGUCCAGAUCUUUCACAGCCAAUUUUUAAAAAGCUUCAUCAUGCUUUUUUUCAGCGGUAGUCUAGUGCUGUGAGUUUGGUCUAACACAUUUCAUAUUGUUUGCAUGGGGAAAAACUGUAGAAGUUAUUUUCCAGAUCUUGCUGAAGCUCUCUGUGAGUGAUCCUUAGCUUUCUUCACAUUGAAGCCACGUUAACACUGCCACAGACUGACAGAAUGCCUAAGAAAAAAAAUGAAGCCCCUGCAAUAAUUGUUCAUUUCUAGGGUGUGAUGUUUUUAUGUCUAAGAAAACAGUAUUAGCUGUCACGCAUGGUGUCAGAAGCAUCAUGUUGAGGGUCGGUUUUUGGUAUUUGUAUAUUGUCCAAAGUAAGAGGAAUAAUCAGAAAGGAAAACAUUCUUCAACUUCGCCACAAGCCAACAUCCAGCUGGUUCAGUUUUGGAAACAGUUGGAUUUACAAAAAGAACAGUGAUCCCUAAAAAAACAUUAAAAAUGCUUUUUGAAUGGAAAAUGUAGGCUGACAUUAAGAGUAGCAGAGACUUUAAUCAUAUUUUAAAAAUUGUGGACAUUUUAAAUUUUGAUUUGUGCCUUUAACCAAACCAAAAAGCAAACAGAAUUAUCCAAUGACCUACAAACAGCCAGUGGUGUCUCUGCAAAUUGCUGAGGGACAUUUUAAUUAAAUUGUUUGUUGCAUAAUGAUUCAACCCUUCAUAUUCAUAUUUACAAAGAUGGGUGUAUAUAAAUGCCUGACCUGAACUGCACAUAAAAGCAGAAGUUUACUCCUUCCUAUCUGAGACAUGUCAGUAAAUAAAGUGUCGUGACUUCACUGCUCAUUUAGCAGAACAAUGGAUGCUGUAAACCCUGACCUCACACUUCAAGGGGUCAAGCCUUUCCUUCUGUCUCUGGAGCUCCUUUUCUUCUGGUCUCUCUUUGCCUUUUUAUUUUUCUCUCUGUCUUUUCUAGCUUAAUUUCAGUCGUGUGAGGGGGUGUGUGGGGUGUGUGUGUGUGUGUGUGUCAAGGGGCCAGGUGUCGCGUGUGCAUGUGUGGCAGCAAGUGUGCGGUUGUGUCAGAUGCCGGUGCUGAAAAAUUGUGCGGUGAGCAUGUUUUAAUUGGCACAACUUUCCAGCCCUCUCUCUUUUUUUCCCACUCAUGAUGCACAACAACAUACAGAGUGUUUAUUUCAUCCAUGCACAGCAAAGUGCAAACACGCAGAAAGAAUGGUGACACAGAUUUUAAUCAUAAAAGAGAAACCCACUACUGCCAAUAAGCAAGCAUUUUCUGGCAAACAUUGUCAGUGAAUGUGUAACCAGUCAGAUGUUUCUUUUUGCACACCCUGUUAUAGUGUCCAUCUCUGUUUCUGACUGCUCAAGAUUUUCUUGCAGACGAACUACUGAACUGCCUAACCUGCUGAGAGCACUGCAUUGAAUUCAUGAAAUAAUGCAUGCAUGCUCAAAAACAUAACUCCUGCUUUAAUGUUAAGUAACAAAUUUCAAAUGAAAAAAAUGUAUGAGUCCUUCUCGGAUCCUGUUUGUUAUUAACUAAGAAUGUUAAAACGGAUGUGAGGGCACAACAAUGUUGGUAGCCUCUGUUGACAAAUCAUUUUUUAAAAGGUUAAGCCAGAUGUUGUUCUGAGUGUAACGUAUUUAAGACAUGAAUGAUUAUUUCUUAUGUAACAAUUUGUUUCCGUGUGUUGUAUCAGUGUAUCUUUAAUAGAUUUUCUUCUUUGUCAAAAGUUUUGGCUGUUCAAAUGUUCUCCUCUCCUCUCGAUGAAAUGCGUGGUUGCUGGGUGAGAGUUGGUGUACAAAGAAGAAAAAAGAAGUAUCAUAAUUUAAACUUGCAGAAAUGUGGAAAUAUUUUAUGUAUAAAAAAAUGUACAUGUGAGGUGAACCUUGUGUAAAAUAAAGAUUGGAGCGACUUCAGAUGGUUUCAACGAAAUC